AUGUUUCAUUUGCUUAAGCUUUGUCUUAGCCCUGAUAAUAAAAUGGAACGCCUUAUCAAAAACCCUGAGGAUGAAAAAUUCCUUCGUAAAACAAAUCAGAUGAGGAUACACGAAAUACCAACAAGAGAAAAUGGAACUACAGUGAUGGACCAUUCAUCUUCAUCCAAAUUUGAUGAGUCCUGGCCAAGUACAGAGCGAGCAAUGGUAUCAACCCCUGAAGUAGACACUGAAACCACAGAAACAAAGACCCCCUCCAGUGAAGGAGGAACAGGCUUUACAAGGCAGCUUCUUCCCAACUCCACUUUAGCCAGGUAACAUUUCUUGGUGGGUUACUGACAUUUGAAGCUUGAACACUAACAAAGAGGGUUUUGUUUUGGUUUGCAAUUAUCCUACUAGGAUGAAUCUAUAAUUUCAAUCAACUGUUGGUCCAUCUCAUUUUUAACAGGUAUAUACACCGAUUCCGUAAUAAUCCACCAUCAAGCCGUCAGGAGCGAGAUCGGAUGUAUUUGGACAGUGGUGAAGGAGGAGAAUUCUGGUGGCUGUCUCCUUCUCCUCCAAGUAGCUCCACACCCAAAGAUGGAACUCCAAAGGAGAGAAACCUGCCUUUCCCACCUCAGAGUCUCUCUCCAAAACGGAAAAGAACUACUGCCAGGAGGACUAGUUCAUCUCCAACAUCUCCAGUAUCAGUGAGUAAAAAUGCUUCCAACAAUUUUAAUGCUUUAAAAUGUGCAUUUCUCUAUUAAAACUAAGAGCCUAUUUCAUGUACAGAAAGAUCAAGUUACAGUUCUUCAUCUCAACAUUUUUCAAAGUGGCUGUUUGUCAGACAAAAUGCAUGAGAUGGUUGCUAGUAUAACAUUUUAUCUGCCAGUGAAAGAAGAAAAAAGGGCACAAAACCAAAUCCAUAAUACCCUUUACCACAAAGAGGAAAGAGCUUUCCUUUAAUAAAACAAAAUGGAAAAGUUCAACUCACUUCAACAUAAGACCCUAAACAACAAGUGAUGAACAUAUUACAGUUUGUUAGAUGACCACAAAACACAGGUCGCCAGUCCAACUUCUUUAACUGAAAAUUUGGCCUCACUCUUUUUUACAACUCACCAAGGCAACAAAAUCUGUCACAGCUCCACAAAUCAAUAAUGUUAAAAGGCAACUUAGGAUCAAAACAGAAGAUUAAAAACAAUUCACAUUAUUGCUAGGCGAGCUCUCAGGUCUACUGACCAACUUCUAGGGAAUUUCCAAAAUCGAGGAAUUUUUAAUUUUAGACAUUGUCUCCACUAGAGGUAUUUGUUCUACAUUUAUUUUUUUUUUUGGAAAUUGUAAUGGUUAUGAUCAAUUGGUAACAGGACUGAGUGGAGUCUAAUUCUGUUUGUAAUCAUACUUGUGAUAGACAAAUCAGACUCCCGCUUUGCAGUUGUCCAAUUUUGCUCAUCACUUGUAUGAUUACAGACCAAAUUGAACUCCACUCAGUCCUAUUACCAUUAUUUAUCAUGCUCUGCAGAAAACCAGAAGUACUUUGUCACCUUCAACCAAGUCAUCGUUUGAUGGACUUGACCUUCAGACAGCAGCACUACAACAGAGAGCCAAAGCACUGCUAGAGAAAAGGUUAUUUAUCUACUGAAUGUGAUGUUGAUUGAUGAAAUACAUAUAACAGGAGUGCAUCAUGUUGUAGACUUAAAAGAUCUUUAACAGAUCAUGGGAAAACAGAAAAGACCAGUGGAAUUUCAAAGUAUUAUUUCCAAGCCUGGAAUGUUGUGGAAAGUGGUUGAAAAUGACUUAAGUUGAUAUUUCUUAGAACAAAUUUGAACCAGAAAUACUAUGAAAUAUAAUUCCUUCAAGAGUCUAAAUAGCGAAAUGUACAUGUAGAUCCUGUGUAGGACUUAACACACUAAAAUAUCAUAUCAUGAUUACGCUGCAUUCAAAGAUAAUGUUUUUACAUUACAGUGAAAGCACACUGGAAACAUCUUCAACUGAUCUUCCCAUUCCAUCAAGAAGGGCCCAUCGGGAGGCUCCCAAGAAGAAACCCCCUAAAGAAGCACCAUUCCAAGCUCCCUCGAAACCAGCCCCAAUACAACUCACAGACAACUUGACCCAACGUCACCCUCAUUCUGCUCCUCCUCCAGAGGAAGAUAUCUUAUAUCAAUGGAGACUGGCAAGAAAAAUAGAAAGAGCUCAAGAACAUGUGACAAAACGGGGGCCUGCAAGAAGUACUUUUUUGUUAGAACCCUCUCAACCUAGAUUUAUUGGUGCUAGACCAGAGGAGUCUCUGGGUUUGUUUGGUAAGGCAAGAAUACCCAAACCCACUUCAGCUCUGUGUCCAUCUGAGAGGGAUUUUCUAGAUCCACAAUCAGGAUUAGAAGUAUCUGAUCUUCCUUCAACCAGGAUGCAAACAAGGCUUGAAACACCUUUGACACUUUUGGCUGAUCAAGAAGGGAGGUCUGCUAGAUUAAUACCACCUUAUCCCAGCACCAUGCUUCUACCUGGAGCACCUGUGGUGAGUGCUGGUGCUGCACAGGGUUUACAGCCUAUACCAGAGACUGAAAAUGAUGCUCAUGGGUCUGGACCAAGAACAAGUGUGCCUUCUUCUGAACAAAUCACAAGACAAGAAAUUUUGGGGCAAGGGCAGUCCAAGCUGGUCCAGGAACAGAUGCAAUUUGAACAAGCAGAUGUACCAUCUCAUGUGCAUCUUUCAUGUGAUAUCUUGCCAUGUCCUCAUCAAAAGGCUCUAAUUGAAAAAGGAAGGUCUGAUCCAACAGUGAAACUCCCACUGAGUUACCCAGUAGUGGAGUUAAUGAAGGAAGAACUUGCCUUACCAGAAAGAGAUCUUGACAGAGUUAAAAAACCAAGUAGAAAAACAGUAAGAGAAUCUCACAAGAAGCAUCAGUUGAGGGGAAAAGAUACAACUGAGGACAAACAGAAGAGUCAAAUUGAGUCACACCAUGUUGAACAAGAUGGACAGAAAAGAAGAGCACAUCAAAAACAGAAACCAAAAAGGGAAGUCUCAAGGGAGACUACAGCCACCGAUGUGUUGACUGGUGUUAUUGGAGAGGUGAUUCUACAACAAGUCUACAAGUUAACUACUUACAAUUGCUCUAACAAAGGGCUAAUGCUUAAAAGUCUGCUUUAAAACUCUCUACAGUGGCCCAUUUACAUUAAAUUAUAUUUAUAAAAUACCCUAAAAGUCAUUCAGUUCCUUGAUACUGAAACCCUGGAGAAGACCAUUUGAGGAAGAACAGAAAAUGGCACAGGGGGGUGGGGUUUGAGGAGAUGAUGGUAUAAGCAAGGCUUCUGGUGGAUUUUGGGUACAGGGUCAUAAACUAACUCAAGGUGUUAGAUGAUCUUAUGAAAUCCGACUACCUAUAAGUUGGUUCCUCUUAAUAUUAUAAAAAUAAGAUGAAAAGUGUUUAAAAGUGUACAGGAAGAGUGUGAUUUUCAAGGGUAUCUCUUUGGCCUCUAUUUAAAUGUUAUUUAGUCCAUUCAUUAGUGAUCUAUCAACAUUACCUUGCUCCCAUGCAAACAACUUCCAACCUCCCACAACAUUCUCUAUUACCAAAAAAGUCAGAAUGUCAACCCUUUUAAGUUGAGGAAUGCAACUAUGCAACCACUGCACUAGUCUGAAAAAAUGAAAAAAAAAACAAUUUUUAACAUUUAAUCCCUGUUUUUUUUUUAAAAUUAUUUAAGGUUGUCUCGCAGAGACUCUUUGCCACUCCACGAUCUUCCUCAAGCAGUUUGACAAUAAGUGAUGACAGCUUACAGCAAAGAGAGUACCAUGAACAACACCACAAGGAUAAUGGUGAGGAAAAACAUUUUUCCAUAUAUUAACUUUGCCUUUUUUUGUUGCUGCAUUGCAUUAGCAAGAUCUAUUUGGGUUUGUUUCAUACUUUAUCUCCAGAGGAAAACUCUAAUCCUGACAGCAACUCAGAUGAUAAUGAAUUCCCUGAUGAUGAAGUGUUGAAGAUCUUACGUCAGAGACAGAGAAAGUAUAGAGACCAGCUUAGGUAA